AUGAGUUUAGUGACAGCAGAAACGAAUUUAAUGAUGACGAGUUCACGAAACCACUGUGAUUGCACAUGGGUGAGUCUGAAAAGAACAGUGCCACAAGCUCUUGCAUCAGUAUCACUUUGUGAGAUUAGACGGUAUGCCCAGAAAGCCUUUAGAAAUGCUGCUGAAUAUGCAGUAAAAAAGUAUCGAUCACACCGUCGUGUUCCAGUUUCAAUUUUACUUGAUGUUAAUGCAUUGAGAAACUAA